AUGUAGAUCGUAGAUUAUAUUAGAUCGCAAUGGAGUUUGCGACGAUAGAAGUUAAGGAAUUUAAUAUUGUGAUUUGUGGUGUAUAUUUUGUCCAACAAUGGAUCGUGUGAAAUAUAUGUUAUUGAUAUAGAUACACAGUUUAUAUGAUCUUAAUAUUUUUAUGGCAUGUGUAGUUUCUGUAGGGUUACAAAAAAUGAAUUAAUAGUAUUAAUGAGAGGCUUGACGAUUUUGACAACUUAGUUAAUUUGACGUGGAAAAAAGCUCCCGUGUAAUAAACUUUCACAGUUAGUGAUUAUUUGUGCACUGCAAGUUUGUAUGUACAUCGUUCAUCGGAAUUUGUGUUGUGUCACCUUACAGUUCAAGAUUGCUCAUCGAAAUGGAGAAGUUUGCUGUAGAUCUGGAUAAAGUUUUGGACGAAUUUGAGUUCAGUGAAGACUGUGCAGAACAAAUGGCAACGACAUUAACUAAGAGAUCCAGUACAGCCACCCCUCCUGUUGGAGGACCUGUUCUCUACCAACCUUCAUUAUCAUGUUACCACAGACCAGCAUUUGAAGCACUAAACCUAGCUGAUGCAGACUUCGCAGCAGACCCCCAGACUUCCACACCUCGGUAUAGUAAUGUGUUCUCUUCUGCAACAAAUUCCUCUUCUGGACCACCCACUGAUGAUGGAAAUUGCUACUUAUCACAUUCAGAAAGUCUAAAUAGGGCUAAUGAAAUCAGAGUAAGAAAUGAUACCAGAAUGGAUGUAAACUGGCCUCAGAACUUGGCAUCCACAUUUCAUAAUCAUAAUAGGAUUGAAGUGAAUGUAUCAGAACACAGCAAUAUUCAUCCAACACAAAAUACAAAUUACCCUGGUGAAGUUCAUGUCAUCAGCAAUAGGGAUCACACAGACUUUCAGUGGCAACAUGAUGCAGUUCAUAACAGAUCAGAUACAUUGACAGCAAACAAACUGAAUGUUAGCGGUGUAUUCUCAAGCCUUAAUGAGUAUCUGAAUGCUGGAAAGACUGAGGCAAAGUUUAGUGAUGUCAAUGUUAUCAACAACCAGACAUCUUGGAAUCCAGGCAGACAUAGAGUCGCCGAGACAGAGGAGAAUGGUAAUGCCAUUAAUCAUAUUGGUACUUCAUCAGUUGUGGGCACAAAAGGAAAUUAUCAACAUGGUCCUGCUGUGUUGUAUCCUUCAGUUGAAACUGAUGCAAAUAGACAAGUAAAAAAUUUAGGUGGACAAAAUAUCAUCAAUGAUUUGCAGGAGAAUAAUCACAAUAAAGAAUUCAGGCUAACAAAUGAUCAAUGGGAAAGUACCAUUGAUGUUUGUAAAAGAAAUGAAUGCAGUACCCAAAGCACUGUCGCUGAUUUGAUUCCUGUUGCUUGUCCAAAGUCUGUACAAGAAGAGGCAAACAUUUCAGGGCAGUUAGUUAUUGGUGGUCAUGCUUCAUCAGAUGAAACACCAGACUUGCUGGAUACAGCGAUCGAUUCAAAUAAAUGUGGUGGAUUCAAUACUGCCAGUUUUCCAGACCCUCAGACUGAGAAUGGUUUGCAUUUCAGUAUCAUUAACAAUGACAUUUCAACAGCUCAGUUCUUGAAUGUGGCAACUGGUGAAUCAGACCUUCAGACUAUUUCCAGAGAUAAACACUCUAAUGUCACUUUACUGCCAGAUGUUGCAACAUCAGGAAGAAAUUUACUGAAAAGUUCAAGCAUUGUUGUCAGUGCAUCAAGUGAUCUUGUCUCUAGCCAUGGUUUCAGAAUGAUAGGCAGUGAAGAGCAGUCCAGCUUUAACAACACAUCACUAGAUCUUGUCAGUCAUAAAACAGAAACAAAUAAAAAUUUGGUAACUUCACCUUUGCUAGACUCAAAUGAAGAUGUUUCAACAGAAGAGGUAUUGAAAUGUGAUACAUUUAGACCUUCUGUCUCUUCAGAUAGUAAUGUUGGAGACAGUAAAGAAAUAAGUGUAGAUAUAUCACAACUGCAUAAAAAUGGGGAUUUGGUUUCUACUGAAAGUGUUACUACUCAGUUUCAUAAUGCUUCCAUUUCAAAUUUAAUAGAAUCAAAAUCAAGUUUGUCUUCUAACAUUUUGCUGAACGAGGGUAAUUCUUGUGUAAAAGGAAGAAAAGAUAUACAUGAUAUACCAAGAAAAUGUGUACCUGUUGGUUUCAGUGCAGUGGAGACAUUGACUGAUGCAGAAUUACAUCAGUAUUUGCAAGAACUGGAGAACGAUGAUUCAGAAAGUUGUCAGAAUGAUAUGGUGGGAAGUGAUACAAAGCCUGGAAUAGGAUUGUCUUCAGAAUGUCAAGAUUUGUCAGUUUCAGAGCGUGAAAUAUAUAGCAAUAAAGAAUUCCUUGUGAAAAACUACAAAGCUGAAAGCGGAGAAGGUGAUGAAAAUUCUAAGUCCCUGACGAGCAGCAGCACAGAAAUUAUAGGAACAGUAAAUGGAACAGACGUUGAAGGGGAUUUGCCUGAUGAGUUUAACGAAAGAAAAUCUUCAAAAAUUUGUUCCAAUGCUGGUACGAAGAUGCUGAAGUGUCCUAUUUCUGAUGAGAGUUCAGUAGCUCUUCAGCAUGGCAGUUCAGCAAAUUAUUCACUGGAUGAACAGUCAACAGAUAGCACUGUAGAAACUCUUUCCUCUCUUGUGGAUAGACAUACAGCAGAUAUAAUAAGUACAGACCCUGGUUUGACGUCAGUAAAGAAACCAACAGUUCCUAUACAGUCUGCUAUAUCUAGUACAGUGAAAGUUGACACUGCCCCUAAACCCAUCUCAGCCACAGAUGUACCUCCAAGUGAGGAACCUGUAGUUUCUGAUUCAAAUUUGCAGUCCGUAUUAACCGUGCCAAAUGCAACGACAGUUACUUCCACAACCUCUUCAGUUAUUACAAAUGUAGUUUCCAUUGCCUGUCAGAAGAUCACGGAGAGCGGUAAACAAAAUGGGUCUGCAAAUGAUGGAGAUUUAACAGAUGAUUCCGAAUUAUCCAGGAGGGUGGAUGAUGCAAGAGAAGACAUUGAAAAUAAAUUACGAAUUGGAACUCCAGACUUAAUAGCAACUGAAAUACAAUCACCAAAUAGCCAGGAUUUUAUUCUUGGUGGAGAAAGAAUAGAAAAUGGAAUGUUGCCUCUGAAUGACUCCACAUCUAUGCUGGGUAAGUUAUCAAGAGAACAGGAAAUUAAUUAUGACUUGGCUGAAAAUGGACCAUAUACCCCUGAAAUAAUUUUAUCAUCAAAUGAAGCAAGGUCUUUUGAAAAAGCACCAAAUGAAUUCGUACAAGUUUCAGAAAAUGGUAUGCUUGAGUCAUCCAUUGUAGAUGGCAUAUCUGAAAAGAGGAUUUCACAUAAACAUUCAGAUAAAAUAGAUGAGUCAAGCGCUGUUGACAUGGGUGUGUCUGACAUUGGCUUCUCAGAAGUGCGGAGCUGCCUUGUUCAAAUGCCAAGAGAUGGCACCACAGUCAAUGUUUUAGGAGAAGAGGAGCGCCCAUCAAGACCCAAAUAUUUGUUUCUUCCAUCAAAGAUAACUGUUGAGAAUGAGCAGGAGAAUUCUGAGAAUUCUGAGGAAUCACCACCAAUAUCAGGAGCUGUUGGCCCACCAGGAGAGACACCAUUGGCUGAAACAGAAGCAGAAUAUUCAGAGGCUGCAGACAGCAUUCCUCUCUCUUCUCCUGACAUAUCUGAGUCUUCAUCUAUUGAACAGGCCAUGUCACCUGUCCCCUCCCUGCAGAUAGCCACACCCAUGUCAGACGAUGUGUCAGACAUACUAUCUCCAGAAGAGCGAAGUCUUGGCAAGCUUCAUCCUUUCUGGGUACCUGAUGCAGAUGCACCAAAUUGUAUGCAAUGUGAAAUCAAAUUCACCGUUCUGAAGAGGAGGCAUCACUGCAGGGCAUGCGGGAAGGUUCUUUGCUCCAAGUGCUGCAGCCUGAAGUCUCGUUUGGAAUACCUGGACAAUUCCGAGGCACGGGUCUGCCAUCCUUGUUAUAGUAUUCUUGCCAAAGUCUUCCUGGUAGAGCAAGGUGAGAGUGCCUUAGGCUCACCAUCAUCUUUGAAUGAAGGAGUAGCAGACACCAGCAGUAUACCCCUGGGUAGACAACCAAACCCAAACAACCCUAUGGAGUACUGUUCUACCAUUCCUCCACUGGAGCAGGCUGCAAGUGUUCUGCGGCAGCCACCACCCAGUGUACUGGUGCCUGUUGGGGUUCUCAAACGAGAGGGCAGUUCAAGGUCUAGAAGUGAUGUUGCUAAGCAGGUGAUAUUUAGUGAUGGAAUAAGACCAGGAGGUGACUUGACAGAACUGGAUGGCUCGUCAGAAUCAAGACUGCCUUACAGGCGCCCAGGAAGGGUUCUCAAACGUGUUGGAACGCCACCUGGUCCUCCUACCUCUGCUUCAAAUCAUUCCAGCCAGAGAUUGCUACCUCCUCUUGAUCCCAAGACAAUGAGCUACAUUCCCACAGACAGAGGUUUACCACCCUUGGCUGUAAUUAAUAAGGGUGAAAUUAAAUUUGUUGAUGUGGUGGACCAAGAUAAACAGAUGGCAAUACUAAGGUCUGAGACUGAACCACCUACAGUAUUUGCCAUCAACAGGAAUCUCUUCGUUCAAGUAAAAAUUCUGAACUUGGACUGUUGUGUCAGUCGAACAUGUUGGUGCUUCUCAACUUCGGGGAUGAGCUGUGUGGGCCAAGAUGAAAUUGUCAUAAUCCUGGAAUGUCUGCCAGAUGAAGCAACUGUACCAAAGGACAUCUUCAGACACCUCAACACACUUUAUCAAGAUGCCUCAAGAGGAAAUACAGUGAGCGAGUUGGGACAUACAGUAUUCCAAGGAGUACCAUUCCUUGAUUCAACUGAACAUGGUGGCUUCAUUUACAUCCGUCCCUCCUUUCAGUGUCUGCAGAAACUUGUACUGCCAUCAUCUCCAUAUUUAGUUGCAAUUCUUGUGCACAGGUGGGAGACUCCAUGGGCAACAGUUUUUCCUAUCCGCCUCAUGUUAAGACUUGGAGCACAAUAUAGGUACUACCCGUGUAUGUUAGUAUCCAUAAGGAAUAGAAGACCAGUUUACUGGGAAAUUGGUCAUACUAUCAUAAACCUCCUAGCUGAUUUCCGCAACUUGAGCUACACUCUUCCUUCAGUUCGAGGACUGGUGAUUCAUAUGGAGGAUAGGCAGACAUCUAUACUUCUUCCCAAGAACAGAUAUGAUCAGGUUACAAGAGCACUGAAUAACUCAAAUGAUCAUGUCCUGGCAUUAGCAUCGAAUUUCAGUUUCUCAGCAGACUCUCAUCUUGUGUGCAUUCAGUCCAACAGGGAUGAGAGCUAUCACACUCAGGCAAUUAAUAUCCACAACAAACCUCGCAAAGUGACUGGGGCAAGCUUUGUGGUGUUCAAUGGAGCAUUGAAGACUUCAUCAAACCUAACAGCCAAAUCAAGUAUAGUGGAGGAUGGCCUCAUGGUUCAGAUCACACCAGAUACAAUGCAGGCACUCAGAGGGGCACUGAGAAAUAUGCAGGACUUUUCUAUUGGCUGUGGGCCUGCUGGUGCAAGUGAACCAGAUGAGCUUGUCAACUUGAAAUGGGUACAGGAUGACAAGAACUUCAAUAUUGGCGUGAAGAGUAGUAUUGACGGCCGAGCACUGGAUGGAGUUCCUUCAAUCAGGGUUCAUAAUGGCACAGAUUAUAUGGGAUCAUGCAGAUUCAUCCGUUGGACUGAAGUCUUCAUACUCCAAUCAGAUGAAGGCUCAGGAAGAGGUGGAGAUCCCUUAGACAUAAGCCGUCUAUCAGAGUCACUUGCGAGAGCUACAUGUCUGGCGUUGAUCAAGUUGCUGGAUCUCCUUGCUCAAGCUGGUCUUACAAAACUUGGUGUGCGAGCCACGGUUCAUCCAGAAAAUGUUGGCUAUGAAGCUGGCAGCAAAGGGGAGAAGCUUCCUCCUAUCUAUAUGGACAGUCUAGACAAUGAGUUAGUGCCUGUACUUCAUAAGGCAGCAUCAAUGUCCCAAGACAACUCAGGGGCAGUCUUAGAAUUGAUUUUCCACAUUAUGUUGCAGUGACAAAAACAUAUCAUGUAUGGGGACAUGCAUUGUCGUGCAAGAGCAACACACCUUUGGUGAGGAGUCCUGGUUGCUGCCGUUGAAUGACCUUAUGAAGUUUUCUGAGGAUGUUACAGUAGGAGUCGACAUUUACGGUUUGUCCUUGAGGCUGGACUGCGGUAAGCAGUAUGCCUUCGUGAUCCCAGUCACUGCCUGGUUCCAACAGCAGCCCAAAGAAUUUGAUGCUGCUGGUUUUCAGUGGCUUGUGAAACGGUGGGACAAAUGCCUCACUGUACAGGGAGAUUAUGUUGAGAAAUAAAAGUAUUUUUCAAAUCAGUACUCUUAUUUGUUUAAGUUCUAUAUCCAUUUCUAACUUACUUAUUGACUUACCUAUGUACAUCUUUCAUGAUGUCAACAAAAUUUAAAAGCGUUUUUUGGUUGUAAUCACUUCCUUGUCUUGAUAUCGUACCUGAAUAUGUUGCUCCAUAAUACAUUUUCAGUUACAUUAACUUGCAUUACUUAAGAUAUUGAGUGCUGGUCACGGUAGCUGAGCGGUGUAAGGCAUGUACUGUCUUUGUUGCUUGGAAGCUGGGUUGAGUUCAAA